AGCCAAGAUGCGCGCAGCGCGCCGGCUCUGGGCCACACUUAUGAAGGAGAAGUUCAGCCCUAAGAACGACAAGUCGAUGAUGUUGCGGACGCACUCGCAGACGUCCGGCUGGUCCCUGACGGAGCAGGACCCGUACAACAACAUCAUCCGCACGACGGUGGAGGCGAUGGCGGCCGUGUUCGGCGGCACGCAGUCGCUGCACACCAAUUCGUUCGACGAGGCGCUGGCGCUGCCGUCCGUCUUCUCGGCCCGCAUCGCCCGCAACACGCAGAUCAUCCUGCAGGAGGAGACGGGCAUCCCCCAGGUCAUUGACCCGUGGGCGGGCUCGUACGCCAUGGGGGCGCUGACGGCCGAGAUAUGUGCCGCGCCGGGCGGGAGUCUUGACCAGGUGGAGGAGAUGGGCGGCAUGGCCGAGGCCGUCGCUUCCGGCUGGCCCAAGCUCAAAAUCGAGGAGUGCGCCGCCCGCAAACAGGCCGCCAUCGACUCCGGCAAAGAGACAAUCGUCGGCGUCAACAAGUACCGGCUGGAGAAGGAGGAGCCGCUAGACGUGCUGAUGAUUGACAACGAGCAGGUGUACCGGCUGCAGUGCGCCAAGCUGGAGCGGCUGCGGGCCGAGCGAGACGCGGAGGCCGUGCGGCGCGCCCUGCACGAGCUCACAGAGACGGCGCGCUCCGGCGAGGGCAACCUGCUGAAGGCGGCUGUGGCAGCAGCGCGGGCGCGCGCCACUGUCGGCGAGAUCACGCAGGCCAUGGAGGAGGUGUUCGGUCGGCACGUGGCUACUGACAAGUUUGUCUCGGGCGCGUACAAGUCCGAGUACGCCGACACAGAGGACUUGCAGCGUGUCAUGCAGAAGGUGGCGGAGUUUGCCGAGGAGGAGGGCCGCCGGCCGCGCAUCCUCGUGGCCAAGAUGGGCCAGGACGGUCACGACCGCGGCGCCAAGGUCAUUGCCACCGGCUUCGCCGACCUGGGCUUUGACGUGGACGUCGGCCCGCUCUUCCAGACGCCGGAGGAGGUAGCGCAGCAGGCGGUGGACGCGGACGUGCACGUGGUGGGCGUGUCGACACUGGCCGCCGGCCACCGCACGCUGGUGCCGGCGCUGGUGCGCGCGCUGCGCGCCGCCGGCCGCGGCGACGCGCUCGUGAUCGUGGGCGGCGUCAUCCCGCCGCAGGACUACCAGAUGCUGUACGACUGCGGCGCGGCCGCCGUCUUCGGGCCGGGCACCAAAAUCCCGGUGGCCGCGCUGGAGGUGCUGUCGAUGAUCUCCAAGAACAUCCGAGAGCGACAGACGGCCUGAGGCGCCGGCGCCGACACGCGCGGUGUCGGCCACUGACCGGCCGCCGCCGCGAGCCACGCGGAGAGCCAGCCGCCCCAGCCGCCUGUGAGGGCGGUAUAUGACAGAGCGGUGUGUGACGGAGCCGCCGGCCGGCUGGAUCGCCUCGUAUUCGCCUCGUCUCGAGAGGAAGCGUCGCCGGCCCGGGCCGAGUGUUCCCGGGCCGCAGCAGCGGGCGGGUCUGGGUAGCGGCCCUGUCUGAGUCACCGGGCCGUGACGGAAGGAGAGCUAGUGCAAUAUGGAGCUGCCCUGGAAAGCAGCGCCCGGAGAGUCGUGUCGUACAUAUGACAGUAUAUUACACGACAGUACAUUAAA